GCAUUGUCUCGUUGCUCUUUUGCCGCCGGCGGUAAAAAAAGAAAAAGUCCGACAGAUUUCGCUUCUUCUGGCGUCUCUCGCUUUCUCUCUCUCUAUUUGAGGGAAUUUUGCUUUGCUGCAGUCGGGAGGGAAGAGCCGGAAAUGGCGACGGUCUCUCCUCUGGCGAAGUACAAGCUCGUGUUCUUGGGCGAUCAGUCGGUGGGGAAGACGAGCAUCAUCACCCGAUUCAUGUAUGACAAGUUCGAUAACACCUACCAGGCAACCAUUGGGAUUGACUUUUUGUCAAAGACAAUGUACCUGGAGGAUCGAACAGUCCGGUUGCAGCUAUGGGAUACAGCUGGACAAGAGCGAUUCAGAAGUCUCAUACCAAGUUACAUCAGAGAUUCCUCAGUUGCGGUGAUUGUGUAUGAUGUCGCAAGCCGGCAGUCCUUUCUGAACACCAUAAAAUGGAUUGAGGAAGUACGUACUGAGCGUGGUAGUGAUGUUAUCAUUGUUCUUGUUGGGAACAAAACGGACCUUGUAGAAAAGAGGCACGUUUCUAUAGAGGAGGGAGAGGCUAAGGCUCAUGAGCUUGGGGUCAUGUUCAUAGAGACGAGUGCCAAAGCUGGAUUUAAUAUUAAGGCUCUAUUCCGAAAGAUUGCAGCCGCACUUCCAGGAAUGGAGACACUUUCAUCAACAAAACAAGAAGACAUGGUGGACGUAAACCUAAAAGCGACCUCUUCAAACCCAUCACAGGCACAGCAGCAAGGGAGCGGAUGUUCUUGUUAGCGCAUGGCGAUGCACUUACAUCUCAUUGAAGUUUCCAACACUCGAUCCUGUUGCUUCUGUCAUCAUUUCUUGGUUAUCUCCGAUUUUUCAUUGUAGUUCUGGAUGGCUGAAACCGAAACUCGAAAGGUGUGAAGCAUUGGAGGCACUUGAUGUUGAAUAUGGCUGAAGGCUGAGAAUAUCAGUUGUGUUGUAACCAAUGGCUUGAUUUGCAGCCUGAAGGAGUACUUCUGAUCGGCAGAAUUUUGUCUUAAUCCUUUCCAAAGGGUCUUUAUAAAUGGAAAAGAAUGUCUUGCAUUUGACAAUUAAAUAAUGAAACAAAGUCAGGUUUAAAGAUCUGCAUCGUAUCGGCAGAUACUUUUAAUGAGACGGACCUGCUUUUGGUUUAUUGUGAUACUUAUCUUUGUACU